UUGGUCCGAACUGGUGGGAGGGGCGAAUUCUCCGUGCAGAAGAAACAAGUGGGGAGUUUUGCUGCUUCUUGUGGCUCUUUUCUGUCAUGGAGUUGCUGCAGAAAAACGGUCGUCGUGCCCCGUCCCUGACGUGCUGCUUGUGUGUGCUUCUUCUGCAGCUGCAGGCGGCUUGGACUGGAGACUGUCCCGCCGAUGGACGCACCUGGGUGCCCUUUAAAGACAAAUGCUACCAUUUUGUCCACGGAGAAGAAGACAAACUCAAAGUGUAUAAUUUUGAGAGUGCCAAAAGCCUCUGCCCACACUCUGAGUUGCUGUCCAUCCAGAGCGCUGAGGAGAAUGACUUUGUGGUUAAAUAUAGUCCCGAGGUGUGGAAAGGCGAAGUCAACGUGUGGCUCGGAAUGUAUUACGAUACAAACAGUGAAGGCAUGAUGUGGUUCGACGAAGAGCCGGUCAAGUUUACCAACUGGGAACCGGGCUCGUCCCCGUUGGACUUUGUGCCCAUGGAAACGUGCGUGGCCGUGCACAGCGACACGGGCAAGUGGGAACGUGUCAGCUGCUUGGACGAUCUGGAGAACGGAGUGGUCUGCGAGACGGCUCAGAAAGCAGAUCAAGCCAAAAAAAAACCCAGCGGACUGCUGUCUGGCCUAGUCAUUCUCUCCAUAAUCGCCAUCGUGGCCGUCUCCGUUGUGCUGUGGUUCCUGCACCAGCGGCGGCAUCCGGGCUCCUCGGUCGUCACGGGGUUCGAGUACCACCCGCCGUUCAGAGCGCCCGACGGCGACCGCUCCUGCCUGGUGGAGGCUGAGGAGUUAGACGGCGGGCCGUAGAGGGACGUUCCCUUUCCGUCCAAUACGCCGCCGCGCAAACGGGACAGUGCCAAAUGUUUUUGACUCGGAAUGUAAGAGCUCCCAAUUUGCAAGUACAGUAGUAGCUACACUAACAAGCAUUCAUUAGACAGUACAUCGGAGUGGCAUUUGAUUAGUCAUCAGACAGGAACAAAUCUCUGAAAUCACUUUACAGGGUCUGGGAGGAAAAAUAUUAUAAGCAUGCGUGUUAAUGCUAUGGAGCUUUGUUUUUGUUUUUCAUAACCGCUUCAGUGUUUGUACUUGUUUUGAGAACUGCAUUGGGGGUUUACGGCAUCGGUUCCCUGACCCUGAAAUAGGACACCCUCUGUUCCCGCAUUGAAAAAGGUUUCGGUUACAAAAUAUGCGUCUUUUGAGCUGUGACAAAAUGAUCAUCUUUCUUUUCCAUUUGUUGAGAGCGAUCUUGGUUUCAUUUCUUAAUAAUCGACCGCUUUUGAAAAGUGCGAAGGUUGCCAAUGAGGCGCACAAAGGAGAAAAGGCCAAAGCAACAACAAGGGCAAUUUUUGUAUUGUUCCAGUGACUCCCUGAACAGUUUCGACUCAGCCCCCCCCCCUUUUUUUUCCCGAAUUCAAGCCAACCCAGUGUUACUAAAUGCUUGGCAUCACCCAAUGGCUGCUUUUUUUUUUUUUU